UGACUCCCCCUGCUGGUGAGGAGGUAAUGAGUCAGCAUCGGCCUCCUACACAGACCAGGCAGAGCGGUGCCACCGGACAUAUAUACAUAAGCGGGUGACCCUGUGCUGUGACAGCCAUCCCCCAGUGCAUCACUCUGGAGCCACAACUAGCCAGUGACAGCAACUGUUUUGACUUCUCAGGCAAUAGCGACAACAUUUCGGGCUGGUGGCCGACAGGCCUAUCCAGCGUGUCCAGCCAAGAUGAAAUCGUCCCGCCUCAUCGUGGACACCGACCUUCUCAUCAGCGAGGUCAGAAAACGUCCAGCGGUGUACGACCAACAAGAAGAUGACUACAGCGACCGCAGCAAAAAGCAGCGAUGCUGGGAAGAGAUUUGCGCCGUUCUUGUGCCAGGCUGGGAAGAGAGCAGCCAACUGGAGAAAAGCCGCAAGGUUAAGGAAAUCCAAACGCGGUGGAGGUCACUAAAGGACUGCUUCCGAAGGGAAUUACACCUACAGAAGAAAGAAUCAAGGGGUGGAUCAUCCCCUUCAAAAAGAAAACGAUAUAUGUUCUACGACCAGCUGACAUUCCUGGAACCCACCCUGAUGCGCAGAUCUACAUCUGGGAAACUUUCAGACACACAGGAAAGCAUUAAGUCUGAAGGCAGCGAUUCUGAGCCACCUCCUAGUCCACUACCUGAACGCAUUGCUCAGAUAACGGAGGCUCCAAAAUGCAAGCGGAACAAAGCGGGUGCAGGGAGCUUGGGUGAUUUUGAAACCCAAAUAAUAGGGAUGGUUGACUCUCUAAAGAAAAAGAACGAUAAUGAGAAAGAUGAGGAUUAUAUUUUCGUCCAGUCCUUGCUUCCAUACCUAAAGAAAGUCCCGGAGGAGAAAAAGAUUGAUUUACAAAUAGACAUGUUGCAGCUUGUGAAGAGAUAUAUGCAGCCUACGCCAGCACACUCGCUACUGGAAUAGACAAUAUCAUCGGCACUUUCACAAAUAGAAUAGUAUUAAUGAACUUGCCCAUUUAAUGUUGUGGUAAAACCUGUGCUUUCGGUGCUUUAUGACUCUUAAAUUACACUGUAAAUAUUUUUGUGUGGCUUUAGGGCCCGAUCCAGACCUUAUUGCUGUUGUUGGGAUUUCACAAGGGUGCCGAUUAUUGAUCGACUGCGCAUGCGUACAGAUCGUAAUGCACACGCGCAAGGCCAAACUGCAAUCACUAGGCAUAUGCAAGUUGACAGGAAGCGAACGUUUAGGGGUGGUGUCUGGCAAUUUUCUGGGAGUGUCAGGAAAAAUGCAGACUUCCCCAAGCGUUUUCAGGGAGAGUGUCUGACGUCAGCUCCGGACCCGAACAGCUUGUUGCUAUCGCACUGUAGGAGUAAGUCCUGGGCUACGCAUAGACUGGUAAAAACAUUUGAUGGUGAGUGAGGUGCGAACGGAUUUGCAGCUGACCGGCAUACCCAGAGCUUUUCACAAGGUGUACCCAGACUUACACGGGGCGGGUAUUCACUCUGUCUGGGCGGCGACUAUGUGAUUGCAAACCUCUGCAAAUUCGCAGAGGAGCGAUCAGGUCUGAAUCGGGCCCUUACAUAGCCAACCAAUUGCCAUGUUACAGCAGAAUGAAGCUGCUGUUUUGUUGGGAGACUGAAGUAAAGGUGAAGCUGGAACACGGCAGUGGCUGAUCGAUGGAUGCAUACUGUAGGAGGCUCGUGCCAGUAGGACCAUGUUCUCAUGAAAUAAAAUCUCCUAGUGUCUCCCAGUCA